AUGGCGAGCCGCGUCAACAGUGCUCUCUGCGCCAAGGCCGACGCGAUCCUGAAAUUCUGGUUUGGCGCCACGUACCCAGCCACAUUGGAGGUCAGAGCCGGCGUCUGGUUUGCCAGAAACCCCGACUUUGACGCGUCGGUCGCGGCGUCGUUCGGCGACCUCGUCGGGGACCUCGGCGCGACGAGCGCGUCGGCGCUGCUGCCGCUGCUCCACAGCAACCCGUUCGCCGUCAAGGUCGCCGCCGUUCUCUGCCUCGACCAGUUCACGCGCAACCUCUACCGCGACGACAAGCGGGCGUUCGCGUCCGACGACCUCGCGUCGACCUUUGUGCUCGAGACGCUCGCGCGUAGCGAGGCCGAGUUCCUCUCCGCCACGUCUUGGAGCAAGCGUUCUUCCUCAUGCCGCUCAUGCACAGCGAGGAGGCGGCGGUCCAUGCGCGCGCCGCCGAGCUCUUCCCGCUCCUCCCCACGCGCACCGAGGACCCGCAGCUCCAGGGCAUGCUCACGCAGUUUGCCAAGUACGAGGUCGACCACAAGAAGAUCAUUGACGCCUACGGCCGGUACCCGCACCGCAACAAGGUGCUUGGCCGCGAGAGCACGCCCGCCGAGGUCGAGUACCUCGCCGACCCGAACGCUGGCUUUUAGCGUUUUGCGUCGUCUUUAA